CAUCAUAUCAGCUUUUUAUGAACAAUUGCUGAAACCGCAUUCUUAUCUGACUCCUGACUGCACUGGCUUGCCUCUAGCUUAUACAGUGACUAUUUUGAUACACACCACGCCACAAUCACACGGUAUUCCAAAGUGCCCUUGACUUUUCGAGUCACAACACGGUUUGUCAAACUUCCCAUCAUUGGAGAUAACUCACUUUAACGUAUAUUCAAAAUUCUCGUGUGAUGGCUUCAAAAUGCAAAAGUAAAAGUUGCAAUCCAGGGGGGCCAGGAGGUGGCAAAGCGGGAGUGGCUGAUGGAGUUUCACCAGUAGUGGUUGCAGGAUGCCAAGAACUAGUGCUCAAUGACGAUCAUAUCAAACAGUAUAUGGACGCAUUUUUAGAGAAUGUUAAGCGAGGAUUAGGAAAAGCGACCAACCCUUCAGCUAUUGUGAAAUGCUUUCCAACGUUCGUACAGGAUCUUCCCAAUGGAACGGAGACAGGCAAAUUCCUGGCCUUGGACUUGGGAGGCAGCAACUUCAGAGUACUGCUUGUGGAGCUUGCCGGCGGUGAGAGCCAUAUGGACUCGAAGAUCUACGUUAUCCCUCCUUCAAUUAUGACAGGACCUGGUGAAGAUCUGUUCGAUUUCAUUGCUGAAUGUUUGUCAGAUUUCGCCGUCACGAAAGGAGUUAACGAUCAAUUGCUGCCCCUGGGAUUCACGUUCAGUUUUCCUUUGCAGCAGGUUGGAUUGACGAAGGGUAUAUUGGAAAGAUGGACCAAAGGCUUCAACUGUGCCGGUGUCAUUGGCAAAGAUGUCGUCAAACUCCUUGAAGAUGCUCUAGCAAGGCGCGGGGAUGUCAAGAUUGAUGUUUGUGCAGUACUCAAUGACACAACUGGUACCUUGAUGUCGUGUGCCUGGAAAAACAGGGACUGUAAGAUCGGCCUGAUUCUCGGCACUGGUACUAACGGGUGUUAUUUAGAGUCACAGGCAAACGCAGAAUUAUUCGAUGAGCCUGACCAAGGAUCCGGAAAAGUAAUCAUCAACUUGGAAAGUGGUGCAUUUGGGGAUGACGGAGCCCUAGACUUCUGCAGAGUAGAGUACGACGAAAUAAUCGAUAAGCGGUCUAUCAAUCCAGGGAGGCAGAAGCACGAAAAGAUGAUAUCAGGAAUGUACCUUGGUGACAUUGUUAGGUUGGCUGCUCUAAGGUUCACGAAGGAAGGUGUGAUGUUUGGGGGAAAAUUUUCCCCCUUGUUGGAAACAGAAGACAAAUUCGAGACCAGAUAUGUGUCGGAGAUAGAGAGUGACCCGCCUGGUGUCUACACGAAUGCUAAAAGAAUCUGCGACGAGUUAGGUCUCAGCCAUGCCAUAGAACAAGAUUACCAGAACCUGAAGUACAUCUGUGAGUGCGUUUCCAAGAGGGCUGCAGAUUUGUGCUCCGCCAUGUUGGCUGUUCUCAUGAACAAGAUGGGAGAAAAGAAGGUGGUCGUCGGCAUAGACGGUACCUUGUACAGAAACCACCCUAACAUUUCAAACUGGAUGAAACAGAAGAUCGCACAGCUGGUGAACCCAGGCAUAAGCUUCGAACUGAUGUUGUCUGAGGACGGUAGCGGUAGGGGAGCUGCGUUGGUAGCUGCAGUAGCCCACAGGGUAAAGAUGGAGAAUCAGGGAGUCGCAGCAGCGGCGCCUACGGAAGAAGCACCGGCUGAGGUAGAUGCAGCUGAGGAGGGCUGAAUAACCAGCGAUAUAUGUAGCCUUAAUAAGUGUGAUAUUUAACGAAUUUUUGUAUAUACAUUAAAUUAUACAUAUACAAGCGUG